UUGGUUUUCGCUGUCGUCCGGAGGCACAUCACGCAUCGCGGUCAAAACAUCCCCCACAAGAUAGAUCUUUUUAUAGUUAUCUACGAUACGGACAAAGAAGGAAAGUUUCCGACUCUGGAUAAAUAUUCGUGAUUAUUAUUGCAUGGCGAGGCUCGAAGAUUUAAAAUCACGCCUGGCGAAACGCAAAACGGUCUCUCGAUUGUCGAUGGUGAUUAAGAAUUGCAAGGUGUCUUACGAAGGGCCGACAGUUUAAUACUUUAAUACGAUUUUAUAUUUCCCGAGAGAGAUGGAGGAGAUCGGCGAGAUAGAGGCAAAAAUUAAGACUUGGAUGGAACUAAUAGAGUCGGAGAAACUGCAAGAUGUGUCGAAGGAUAUACUCUUGAUGAGUAGCCAUAUGCGACCCGACAGUAUACUUCAAUUGUUAGUACAUUUGUGCCGCACGGCAGAAAAAUGUGAUAAACGGAACUACGAGACUGGAAAGAGCAUUGCAAAAUUAACUAAAAUACUUUGCACAGUCGUGCUAUCUAAGAAGCUAGCUGAUGAAACAUUUGUCAUAGCUAUAUUUAAAAUUACACAAUGUUUAAUUUCUUUUAAUCUAUACGAGGAUGCGGUAGAUAUCUGUUUUUUCUUGGAUUCUGACUAUAUACGAUGCAAUAUCAGGGAGGAUUUUCUGGAAAAAGUGUAUUACUUGUGGAACACGUUAACUUUCAACACGUAUGGAACAUUUCAAAUUGAAACAAAUGCAGAAAAUUACAGUAAAUUUAAAAGUGUUCUGAAUAAAGAAAUGGAAGUAAUUCAGAUAAGAUAUAAAAAUUAUACGACUUAUUUGCUUGAUAAAAUAAACAAAAAUUUAUGUAGUUUAACUGAUUUCAAGUAUAAAAAGUAUUAUAACAAUUUUGGUCAAUAUAUAUUAGAAUGCUUGUCAAAACUGGAGUUGUAUUUGGACGAAAAUGAGAAAUACGAAAUAUAUCAUUAUAUUAUUAAUAUCAUAUGCCAUAUAAUAAAUGGUAUUAAUAUGUGGGAUGCUUCUAAUGAUGACAUGAAGACAAGCAAAUAUGCAGAUAUGGGAUGCACAGUAGAAACAUUAAACCAAUUUUUUACUUAUUUUGAGACCGUUCUGGCAGAAGACGAGGAAUGCUACCAGUGCUUUCAACAAUUCCAAAACUUCUGUAAGACUCUUUUAGUGCCAAUGAAAAAUCUCACCAGCGAUAAUACCAAAAGUGUUCAAAAUAUCAUUUAUUGUAACUUAAAUAAUGCGCAAAAAUACGGAUACACUCAAUGUCUUAAAUUUAAUGCACUCGGCAAUCUACAGGUGAGCCAGCUCCUAAUUAAAUACUGGAACAAUUGUGCGAUGACUGAUAAACAUAUGCUCCAACAUUUGCUCGAUACUGGCAUCUUGCUAGAAUUAAUGAAAUUAUUUAUUACUAUAAAUAUAAAUAAGUUUUAUAGAGGGUGCGAAAUGAACUGCUGCAGUACUAUGAAUAAUUUAGACGAUUUUCUAAAAACAAACAUAGAUAUCUGUUAUUUCAUAGUACAUUUUCCUGCUAAAACUUUGCCGGUCGAAGUGUGUAUUAGGGCUAAGAAUAUUUUAAAGAAAAGCAUCCAAUCUAUUAUUAUCGAAAUAGAGAAAAACGAAAGGAUAACCCAUUGGAUACGUCUAUGGUGUAUUUGCUGUCAAUUAAUUUAUAAACUAGGCAUAUUGUCUGAGCAUGUUUAUGAGGAAAGCAAAUGUCUAUUCUCCUUUUUAUGUACCUGCAUCUUUCAACUCGAGGGAUUCAAAUCUAUAUAUCUCAAUCAUUCUAAGAAUCUUGAGAAGAUUACUUCUCUUGCAUUGCACGGACUAACUGUUGUACAUUAUAAUAAUAAAAGGUACAGAAAAGCCAUGACUGCGUGUGCAUUGAAUGUUUUGUUGACUUGUAAACAGUUAGACACAAAAGCUUUUCAUACAUGGAUAUAUAUUAAGAAAAAUGCCCCCAAAGAUUUUGCAAACUUAACUAUGCUGGAGUGCUUGAGAAGUAAAGACAAGAUAAAGUGCGAACUAGGAUUUUCAUUCGAUACUUCCAAAUACGAUCUUUCUGAAUUGUGUUCACAUGAAGAAGUGGCACCAAUUAUCGAUGGUGACGAUGGUUAUGAAAUAGUUCUUGAUUUUGAGAGAGAGAAUCUGUGUACAUAUUUUAAAAUAAUUUAGAAAUAAUAUAUUCUUCUCAUGA